AUGCUCAGAAGAUGUACCUUUGGAGAUAGAGAUCACUGUAAGAUCAACAAAACCAUUCUGAUAGUGGGAGAGACAGGGACAGGGAAGUCAACUCUGAUCAAUGCCAUGGUCAAUUAUGUCCUGGGUGUAGAGUGGAAGGAUAACGUCUGGUUUGAGAUCGUUGAAGAGGAAAAAAGAAGUCAGACUGAAAGGCAAACUACAGCUGUCACUGUAUAUGAAGUCUUCGGGUGUGAGGGCCUGAGAGUCCCCUACUCUCUCACCAUCAUUGAUACUCCUGGGUACGGAGACACCAGAGGGAUCCAAGAAGACAAACUGAUCUCUGGAAAACUGUUGGAGUUGUUUAGGACUACAGAUGGGAUUCAUCAACUUGAUGCUGUGGGUUUAGUGGUGAAGGCAACUGAGAAUCGACUCUGUGACAGACAGAAAUACAUCUUCGAUGCAGUUUUGUCUUUAUUUGGCAAAGACAUGGAGAAGAACAUUGUAGCCCUCAUCACACACUCACUAGGGAGGCCCCCAAAGAAUGCCCUUGAAGCUAUUACAAAAGCAAACGUUCCCUGUGCCAAGAAUGACAGGAAUCAACCCGUUCAUUUUGUGUUCAACAACUGUCAAUGUGAAGUCUUUUGA